CGAUACGCAAAGACGCGUCGCGACGCCAGUCUACCGUUGCUCUUCAACAGAGUCUUAUUGCAACCUGUUCCCGGUGAACCUCGACAGGUUCAUGAAAUAAACUCACGUUUUUAAUCGAUAGGAAGUGACGUCAAUAACGCUGCCCCCAAAACAAACAUAAUGAAUCACCCCAUCUGUGUGCGAAUGAGUCGGUCACCGUGGGAGAUCGUCGUCUGGUAAAUAACGAACGUCGCCUAACUUAAUUAAGUUAAUAAAGAAAAUAAUAUAAAUUAACGAAAGAAAAUUUAAGCGAAAUCAGAUUGAAUAUGUGCGGGUAUUUUGGAUUAAAAGUUUCUGCAGAGUCGGUUACUAAUAGUGCCCUAAGGCGGUUGCUAGAAAACUGCAAAAAGUACAAUGAUAAAGAGUGAGAUUGAUGUUCACUGCGCUGACGAACCGCGGGUUAAAAAUCGAAGUCAUCGAGAUUAUCGGGAACACGCCAGCGGCUGCUAACGUAACACCAAAGAUUUUGAAGACGACGUGAAAACAUGAAGGACCAAGAUCACUUCGACGACGAGGAGUUGGUGUCCAGCAAUACAAACCAACGUAACUGGCGAGGCAUCCUUAUUGCUCUCCUUGUCAUCGUGGUCGUUUUGGCGCUCAUUGUAACUUCCGUGGUCCUGUUGACGCCGCCGGAUGAAGGUCCUCGCGUAAAAGGGACGCGAUUCAAACUCCAAGACAUUCUUAGUCACGACUUUCAGCCCCUGAGGUUUAACGGCACGUGGGUUUCAGAUGAAGAGAUCAUCUUUAAAGAUCAGUGGGGUGGCAUUAGCCUUAUGCAUAUCGGCAAUCUUACCAUCAAACCUUUAAUGUCAAACCACACUUACAGUCGACUAAACGCGGUAACAUUCCAAUUGUCCCCCGAUAAGAAGUACUUAUUAUUGGCGCAGAACGUACAGAAAUUAUUCAGGCACUCUUACCUAGCUCAAUAUGUGGUAUACGACAUUCAGACUGGAAACGACUUUCCACUUCGACCAUCGCCUGAAGUGGAUGAACAUCCAUUCUUGCUUCUCGCCAUGUGGGCUCCUCGAGGAGAAGCUCUAGUUAUGGUUCAGAAUUAUGAUAUUUAUUACAGACCGGCACCACUCUCACAUAUUGGAUACAGAGUUACAAAUACUGCAGUUCCUGGUGUGGUUAGUCAUGGUGUUCCAGAUUGGCUAUAUGAAGAGGAGAUCCUCGGCGUUAACAGCGCAAUAUGGAUGUCGAGUGAUGGCCAUAUGCUGGUAUUUGCCUCUUUCAACGACACACUGGUCGAAGAACUGCGGUUUCCGUGGUAUGGAUCGCCAAACGAAGGCAGAUUAUAUCCGGACAUUCGAUCUUUGAGGUACCCAAAGCCGGGGACGAGAAAUCCACAGGUCAAGUUGACCGUGGCCGAUCUUGCGGAUCCCCACAACAUCCGGAUGAAAGAGGUUAAGCCGCCGUCUCCGCUUCACAACAUGGAGUAUUACUUCACUGCUGUUUCGUGGAUUAGUUCGACUGAAAUUUCUGUGGUUUGGUUAAAUAGGGCUCAAAACUUUUCUCUCGUUUCCGUCUGUAGAACACCGAUGUGGCAUUGUCAAGAGACUCAAAGGGUGUCAGGUGAUGGAAAAGGAUGGGUUGAUAUGGGCGACAGUCCUCUAUUUGGAAGUGAUAGUACCAACUACAUCACGGUUGCGCCAGUCAGAGACGGACCAGCAGGAUAUUUUAGACAUGCAAUAUCUGUUAAUAUCCCUAAGAGGAGGGUGGCACCUUUAACGCACGGAAGAUUCGAAGUAUCCAGAAUCUUAGCUUGGGAUCGACAAAACGAUGUAAUUUAUUUUCUCGGAAUACCCGAAGGAAAACCAGGUCAACAACACCUUUACAGAGUAGCCUCAAUGCCUCCUAGGCACGGCGCACCACUUCAACAACCAAUUUGUUUAACGUGUGUGGCAGAACCUACACCCACAGAACCACCGUUUUAUUUUUACGAUCAUGAAUUCGCCGUAAAAAAUCGACCCAAAUCAGAAGAAUGGCCGGAAGGUGAAGAUGCCGAUGAAUACACCACCCCAACUCCAAGAAGAAGAAGAAAAAAACCAAAAGAAGUGAGAAUAGAAAGACCUUGUUUAUUCCACAACGCUAUUUUCAACCCAAUUUCGUCCAGUCAUUACGUUUUGGAAUGUUUAGGGCCGGGAGUUCCGACGAGUAGUUUGUAUCAAGCAACUAUUCCAACACCAAAAUUGUUAAUGGUGUUACAAAAUAAUAGUUUGCUAAGAGAGCGUUUAGAAAAAAUGGCUCUCCCGCAAAUAAAAACAUUUCCCGUUCGAAUAUCAGGUGGUUUUCAAGCUCAUGUUCGAUUACAUUUACCUCCGGGACUAAGGGAAGAAGAAAUCACACGUUAUCCUUUAGUGGUUCAAGUGUAUGGAGGUCCGGGAAGUCAAUUAGUUACCGAACGAUGGAGAAUCGAUUGGAACACCUAUUUGGCUGGUAAUAAAGAUUUUAUAAUUGCUCAGAUUGACGGGAGGGGUUCCGGCGGCCAGGGACAUGAAUUACUACAUAAAGUUUAUUACAAAUUGGGUUCCGUGGAAGUUGCUGAUCAGCUGGAAGUCACCGAGUAUUUGAAAGACACCCUGCACUAUAUUGACAAACGGAGAGUCGCUGUUUGGGGAUGGAGCUAUGGAGGUUUCGUGGCUGCCCUUGCACUAGCCAGUCCUAGAAAUGUUUUUCAUUGUGCCAUUGCGGUAGCUCCAGUAACAAAUUGGAAAUUAUACGAUUCGGCGUAUACCGAACGUUAUAUGGGAUUUCCUAACGUAACUGAUAAUUAUAAAGGUUAUGAUGAAGCCGACGUGAGUAAAAAGGCGGAACAACUAAAAGAUAAAAUGUUUUAUUUGGUGCAUGGUACGGCGGAUGAUAACGUACACCUUCAACAAUCCAUGGCCUUAGUUAAAGCGCUAGCGGAAGCAGGAACUCUUUUUAGGCAACAGAUUUAUCCUGAUGAAAGUCAUGGUUUGGGAGGAGUAAAACGUCAUUUGUAUAAAAGUAUGGGUCAAUUUCUUGACGACUGCUUCCGAAAACAAGUUCCACCGGAAAUGAAAACGGGCCUUCGAAACGACAUUGAAUAAACUUUUAAUUACGAAAAAAACUUCAUCUUCAUUAAUAACGUUGUAAAUCGCAUUCGCAUCAAAUCAGUAUUGAAUUUGAGUUGAUGGAAAGAUUAAAACAUGGAAAACAGGGAAGUAACAAAAUUAUCAUCAAGUAUGAUAGUGAUGAAAGUGCCAAACGUUGUUUAAAAUCUCGUUAAAAAGAAAUGUAUACAUCAUAUCCUCGUAUCGCUCCAGGUAUUAACGUUCAAAAUAAUCAUAACAGAGCAAUAUUUGUAUAUAUUAUAUAUUAUGGAAGCUGGUGGUUGCGAAAAUGAUUUUAUUAAAUUACUAAUUCAAACACAAUGAACUUUAGAUUUUUGCAUUAUCAAAUUUAUUCACUUAAAAAUUAUUCAUUAAAUAGCAUUUGCAAUUGUUAUUACUACUGCACGAAUUGAGUGUAAUUUACUUAAAAAAAAGUAAAAAAAAAUAAAUAGGGAAAGGCUUUUAACGCUUUUAUUGUUAAUUCAUUUCCGCAACCUCCAAAAAACGUCUAAAUAUACCUCUUUUCUUCCGAUAACGUCUAAAAAAAUUAAUUAAUUUAAAUGGACGAAGUC